AUGACAAUAUCUUCACCAAGUGUCAGUAAACAAAAACUUUUUUUGCUCUACUGCCGGCAUUUUUGCGUCUCUUCCUUGUUCUUUUAUUUUCAAUUUCUAUGCAUUUUGAUUAAAUUAAAAAUGUUUAUUAAAAUAAUUAUAGUUGCUUUAUUAAUUAAUAGUAUCCAUAGUGAAGAUGUUGAUCCCUCCGGAUAUCUUAUGUACUGCCCCUGCAUGGGUCGCUUUGGAAACCAAGCUGAUCACUUCCUUGGAGCUCUAGCCUUUUCCAAAGCUCUAAAUCGAACAUUAGUCCUCCCGCCAUGGGUUGAAUAUCGUAAAGGAGGUUUACGCUCAGUCCAGGUACCAUUUGACGAAUAUUUCCAAGUGGAACCAUUGCAAAAGUACCACAGAGUAAUUCUCAUGCAUGAUUUCAUGAACAAUCUAUCUGACAAACUCUGGCCAGAAAGCGAACGCACUUCUUUCUGCUACAUUGAACGACAGAGUUUAAACAAACAGAAUACAAAGAAAGAUUGCCAUGCCAAAGAUGGUAAUCCUUUUGGUCCGUUUUGGGACACUUUCAAUAUUGAUUUUACGAAAUCCGAAUUUUUCGGUCCACUUCACUUUGAUGUGCAUCACAGUGAUAUUGCUGCCAAGUGGGCAGAUAAGUAUAAUCCAGAACAGUGGCCAGUUCUUGCUUUUACAGGUACUCCAGCUAGUUUUCCAGUUCAGAUAGAAAACAGAGAAUUGCAUAAGUACCUUGUAUGGAAUACAAAGUAUCGUAAUAUGGCUAAGGAAUUCAUAAAAACUGAACUUCCUAAAGGAGCCUUCAUAGGAAUUCAUUUGAGAAAUGGUAUUGAUUGGGUACGAGCUUGCGAACAUAUCAAAAACAGUCAGCAUUUGUUUGCUUCGCCUCAAUGUUUGGGCUAUAACAAUGAAAAAGGUGAACUCUUUCCUGAACUCUGUAUGCCACCGAAAGAGGCCAUCAUCAAACAACUCAAAAGACUCAUAAAAACUGUGAAACAAACUCACAAGAAUAACGAAGUGAGAUCUAUAUUUGUCGCUUCAGAUAGCAAUCAUAUGAUUUCGGAACUAAAUACAGCACUUGCUAGGAUGAAUAUCACCGCUCAUAAGGUUCCAAGCGAUAAUCCACAUUUGGAUUUGGCUAUAUUGGGAUUGUCUAAUCAUUUUAUUGGUAAUUGCAUCUCAUCGUAUUCGGCAUUUGUGAAGAGAGAACGUGAUGUUAUGGGUUUUCCAUCGUAUUUCUGGGCAUUCCCCAAAGAAAAGGAACGUCAUCAUACAAUUAAGCAUGAAGAAUUGUAGAUUUUAGAUUGGAAAAUUAUUGCGUUCCAUUUGGGUAUCAAGGACAUCUUACUGCAUCGAGUAGUUUUGUAUCGAUAGUCCAAUUAACGGAACUAUUUUUAGAUUCUCAUUAUCAGGAAUAUAGAUUUAAUUUUAUGAAUUUACUAGACGUAGUCGAUUGGUAGUAUUAAGA